AUACGAUAUGUCGACCAAAACUAGGAAAUUGCUUUUUUCAUACCCUGUAUAGAGCUCAUAGAUGAAGAACUCUUACUUGGGACUAAAGGCAAGGCUCUCCCAAGCCUGGAUUACUCCGUGGACAAUAUGUUGCUUAUAUAUUUUGUUACAAUUUCUUCUAUUCAACCGAAACUUACAAUCAAAGAUAGAUGAUAUAUCCAAAUCCGAGGCGGCAGCUAAAAGUUAUUCUUGUAAUAUAAUGCAAGAAAAAGUGAAUUCAAUUCUGAAUUCUCCUGGCAUGAUUGCGAGCGUUGUUGUUAAGCUUACGGAGAAAAGCAUCAAUUCUACUGUAGGCUUGCUUUUAUCUGGACUAAUUGAUACAAUAGAAGCAGCUGAGAAAACCAUUGUUUUCUUUAUUGAAUUCACUUACGGUACCUAUUUAUGUUUGUUGCAAUUGGCUUUAAACGGUGCCCUAGAUGCAAUGGUUGACGUAGGAGAAGAAAUAGAACAUGUUGUAAAUAGUACUCUUAAAGCAGUUUCUGAAGGAAUAGAAGACACUGUUAGCGGCUUUAACAGUGAAUUAUAUAAAGCUGAAUCCUCGUUUCGAAAAAUCGCUUCCUGGUUAGGCGAAGACGUCAAUUUGCCUAAUGUUUCAAUACCACAGAUCCAAUCCUUAAAAAAUUUACGCCUUCCCUCUUAUUAUGAUACCAAGCUUGAAAGUCUUCGCAAUUCUAUAAAUUUUGAUCAUGCUAUAAACGUCACAGAAAAUGCAAUCAGUGGCCCAUUAAAACUGGCUAGGUACUCUAUUUUGAAAGAUAUUGGAAAUUUUACAUUCGACAAUUCGUCAAUAUCUCAACCUAAACAGACACAAUUCACCGUUUGUUCCGAUAAUAAUGCGGACGACUCAUCAAGCUCAGUUUACACCGUAUUAACUACUUUAAAAUAUACAAUUUUUAUAAGCUUACUGAUUUCUAUCAUUGGUUUAAUCUUGAUAAACUUUUUCUAUGAAGGUUGGAAAUGGUACAGACUGAAGCGGAGAGCUUCUCUCAUUGACGAAUAUAUAGAAAAGAACAUGUUCGAAGAUACUCGAGAUCUAGUGACCUAUUUGGAAUCUCCUUUGCUUUGGAAUGUGAAGCAAAGUAUUUCUUUUCUGCCUAUUCCCGCGCAUUUAAAGUUUCGCCUGCGAUGGUUUAUUUCAUACAUUUUUUAUCCGCCUGCCACCAUCUUACUAUUUGUAGGAAUUGCUUCCCUUUGUUCUUGCUUGUGCCAAUUAUUGGCUUUGCGGAAGUUGAACAAUUUAGAGACGUCUCACAGCACGUUCUCUAAUAUAUCUUAUCAAGACAUGCAAUAUACUUUACAAAAUAUAUCAUAUGAUUGGUCCAAUAAUACAAACCAGGCUAUUUUAGCUAACCAAAGGCGCAUUAACGACGGUAUGUUUGGGUCGAUAUCGCAUACUACACUUUCUUUAAAUCACACUUUAAGUGUAUUCAUGAAUGAAGUGAAUUCUACCGUAUCCUCUAUCUUUGAAGAUACAAUAUUGAAUAAAGCCGUGCAAAAUGUUUUAAACUGUUUACUCUAUCAUAAGAUUGAAAAUUUUGAAAAAGUUCUUACUUGGGUUCAUAAUAAGUCUCAUAUAAACUUACCACUACUUCCUGGGGACGUAUUAAGUGAACCCAUCAGUAAUCAAACUUUAAAGAAUGCUCUCAUGUCAAAUUCGACACUUUCACAAACUACUUCAAGCGGUCUUACUAAAGUCCUUAAUACCCUUGAAAAGUCAGUAAUAUCUGAGACUAAACAAUCAUUAUUGUUUAUUUUAUUAUGGUUAGCUGUUUGUGCCUUAGGUUUACUUGCUCUACUGGCUGAUGCUGCAAAACUCAUGGUCUUGAAAACUUUUACUUUUACAUUUUCAAAUCUAUUUAAAAAAAAAGCUAUAAUCACGUCACCUUUCGACUCACUAGAUUUUCCGGUUAUGGAAAACCGCACGCCGCCUCCUGUACCUUUAAGGUCUUCUGAUGUUUACGAUUUUCAAAAUACAACUUACGACACUAAGCAAUUUAACGACAAUAAUUUUAAACCCCCAUUGUCGCCAGCAGACUUGGCGUUGGAAGUACCUAUAUCUCCAGCAUUUAAUUCUGAUAUUUAUUUUAAUAAUUCUUGCAUAGAAUAUGAUGAAAAACAUCGCUAACUAACAGAUUAAAUUUUUGAAGAACUUUUAAUAUAUCACUAAUGCCCAAAAUAUGUUUUACUUAGAAACAGGAGCGCCACCACGUCCUCCGACGCUGGCAAGCUUUUCCAUAGUUAAAGUAUCCAAUUUUAUCUUUGGUAAUUCCUUCUCAGCUUCUUGAGUAGGCUUCUUUAAGAAUCCAAUGGAAACAAGAUAAGACAGAUAAAGUCCCAUUUCUCGUUCAAGUACAGCAGCUCCAGCCGAUACAUCAACCUUGGUCCACUCUGUAUCACGUUUUAAGAUCUCACGAGCAUUGGCAUCAUCCAAGUCAGGAGCCUUAGUAUUCGAUGGGAGAUUAUCAAGAACAAAAUGUAGCAAAGGAUAUAAUGCACUGUCAUGAGAUUCAUGAACGACAUAUUUUUCUAAAGCAAUUCGCCAAUUCAAAUAUUCGGAUUGCUUUGUACCAAAACCAAAUUUACUCAACGUUGCCAAAAAUUGAUUGAAUCGAAGACGAGGAUGGCUAGUAACGUGAGCAACAGUAACUCCUUCACCUGGGUGAAAUGCAGAAGCUGUCGUUACACGUGCAACAUGAUCUGUAGGAACCAUGUUCACAGUAUUAUUGAUGUUGGGAUAAAGCCCUAACUCAAUGCAACCCUUCAUCAUUCGAACCAAAAAGUCAUCAGUAUUGAUAGCUCCUGUUUUUGAAUCACCUAAAAUGUAACCUGGACGGACAAUAACUCCUCGUAAACCGCGCAAGCCAGCUUGUCUAACUAAGUAUUCAGCAACCCAUUUGCUUUGGCCAUAACCGGUUUGUAAACUAUCAGCUGAACCUGAAAGAGAAUCUGACUCAGGGAUACCAUCACCACCUUUAGAAGUAAUUUCAUUAGAAAGAUUGACAUAAUAUUCAGUAUCAAUAGUAGAUGUUGAUGAAACAAAACUUAAUGACUUCGGCUUGCCAAAUGAACAUAACUUGAGAGCAGUGAUCGUACCCAUAACAUUAGGUCCUUUAAGUUUAGAAUAAGGAUAAACCCAGUGUACUAAAGCACCGUUAUGUAUAAUAACGUCAACUUCCUCGGAUAAGCUGUUCCACUUUUCGUUGGCAACUCCCCAGUUUUCUAAAGCAAGAUCUCCAUUAAUCACUGAAAUCGACUUAACCCAGUUCUCGUUCCAGACACCGUAAGCAAUACCGCUAUCCCUGAGACGCUGCAAGCCGUGCUCUUCGGAAGAUGCACGAAUCAAGGCUAUAACUUUAAUAUUUGAGUUACGAGUCAUUAGAUCGCGAAGUAUAAAAACACCCAAAUAUCCAUUAGCGCCAGUCAGUAACACCGUCCCGGGGCUUUCAGCCUUUAAACCAGAGAAGGUAGGGAAUGACUGAGGAAGUAUAUUUGAAAGUUGGAUGGCAUCCUUGCCAUAUGCAACUUCUUUAUCUUUAGGUUCUUCCUUAGGUACAUCAUAUAAAUCAACCAUUUCUCCGGAUUUAAGUUUGCCAAUUUCUCUAGCCAGCCGUUCAAUUGUAGGUUCGCGGAAAAUUAAACCUAAAGGAACAUUAACAGCAUAUUUCUUCCUUAACUCAAAAAUAAGGCGGGUAGCCAAAAUUGAAUGUCCUCCAACGUCGAAGAAGUUUGCUUUCUUAUUUAAAUCAGUAGCAUGAGGAAUAAUGCUAUGCCAGAUAUCUUUCAUUUCUUGUUCAGCAACGGUUAGUGCCUCAGUAACCGCGUUUUUAGAACGAGAAAUAGAGGCAGCUGCUAAUUGAGAAGUAUCAGGAAAAGGUAAAGCCGGC